GGUUGCAUUGCCGUAUUCUGCGGUUGUUCAUCCACUGUCCUUUUCAUAACGUAACCAUUCCCCGCCUAAGACCACGAGCCUUACAGUCGGGUCAGCGUCCUGCUCGUUUCUUGACACUCACCAAACCACAAGUAACACAUUCACCUUCCUCGUCACCAUUCUUCCCACGCAGCCAUUGUAAAAGCUCUCAGUCCUCCCAUCUCAGGACCACGGGCCCCGGGAGAGACUUGCUCUUCUCAUACAGCCAUCCGACGAAAUCGCCUUGAACAUCCCCUAUGGCGUCCCCAGACCAGUCAUCGGAAGUAACCUCGACCCUUUCCAAACUCACCAUAAAACCCUCCAAAAAGUCCGGCAAGGGCGCCAAAGCCUCCGAACCCAAGGAACCUGUGCUGGACUCAUGGGAAGACCAAGAGAUUGACUCGGAUGUGAAUUCGGAUUCCGGGGCCGGGGCGGGCGUUGGCUCAGGCGCCGAUAACACCCCAGUGCCACGGGACGGCGAUGAGGGGUCCAAGGCGCCACCCCCAACGCCCAUUUCCCCGUCAAAAGUGCCCUCGACCCAGCCAUGGAUCCCCCCUCUCGUCCCUCCUUCUCCCGGGACCAACGAUGCGUCGCACGCUCCCACAGAACGGCGGCGCCCGGAGAAGACAGACGCAACGGCGCGCCGGAUGAUCGCUAGCGCGCUGGGCGUCAAGGUGCCGAGGAUGACGGAGGAGCAGAGGGCAUAUGACAGGGCGGUCAAGGAACGGGAGCGCAAGAGGCGGGAACAGGAGAAGGCGGCAGAGGCGAAGAAGCGGGAGGAGGCUGAAAAGGCCAAGGCGGCUAUCUGGGAUGAUUGAUGAAGAGCCGGUGGCUUGUUGGUUGUUCGAGUAGCUUUGGCUCUGGUUAUGUCCUUGUGAUAUGUUCCGAAUAUAGCGGGAGUCUGGGAAUAUGAUACGGUAGCAUGGCGCGCAUUUCAGCAUAAAGCUCUUAUCGUCCUGGUAGUAAUAAGUGGCUAUGCGAUCCGCCAACCCGCGAUGCUUCAUGCGAUUAUGCUACCGAACUGACACUCGGUACCUACUAAAAUGCCAUGAAUCUCGCGACGUCAAGAACAUGCG